UGAAUAUAUUAGGAUAUGUACUUGAUUAAGACAGUAUGGUGACUGAAAAAUGGAAAUUCUGAAAAUUCUCCGUUUUUAAAUAUGUACAACAUCAAAGGGCCCGGUAAAUUCGUCGCAAAGACCACAAGACGCGGAAUUCAACAAAACAUCGACAAUUUGAGGGAUUUAAAUAAAAACAAAAUCAGCGACAUUAACGAGAACGAAUUGAAAAAUGAACCAAAACUUGUUUUUGUGAAAAAAACACCGCCUCCUAGUCCUAAACACGAAACAAUCACACCACAACAUCAAGAGUUAAUUAAUUUCAUUAAUGAAUCAUGGAAUUCGGUUUGUGCGGAAUAUGAGCAAGACAAUUCUGACAACAAUGAAGGUGAGCCUGGCGUUUGCUAUUACGAGGAAGAACCCUGCUUAGCUUUGCAAGAAUUCAAGCCCUUCGAUUUGGAAUCGUGGUGGGGUAAACAACUAUACGACGCAUACGUUACGAAUUCUCCAUACCAGAAAAGUUGAAUUUUGACUUUAGAAAUUAGAUUUUAAUUACGACUAUGAUUACUACAUGAAACAUAAAUCGUUUUGUUUUAUAUGUUUCUCUAACUACUUAUUACUUAGUACAAUGUUUAUUAUGUUUAUGCAAUGUUUUUU